GGUGUUUUCUGACAGAACAUCCUCCGGAGCAGGAGAAGAAGCUUGUGGAGCUGCGGAGCCUCGGGUCCGGCUGGAGUGACGGGGGACGCCGGGGUGAUUGGCUGGUGCCCGGGGGCUGAAACAUGGGCCUCCUGGCGAGGGUCCGGAAGGAAUGGUUCAUCAUCGGGAUCGUGGUGGUGAUCUUAUCCGCCAAACUGCAGCCCAGCUUCGGCGUGAGAGGAGGUCCACUGAAGCCAGAGAUCACCAUCGCCUACGUCGCCGUCUCACUCAUCUUCUUCAACAGCGGCCUGUCACUAAAAACUGAGGAGUUGACGAGCGCGCUGCUUCACGUUCGCCUCCACCUCUUCGUGCAGUCGUUCACGCUGGUCUUCUUCCCGCUGGCUAUGUGGCUGCUGCUCCGAGUGCUGGGGCUCACCUCCAUCGACCAAUGGCUGCUCAGAGGGUUACAGACGGUGAGCUGCAUGCCCCCCCCGGUGUCGUCAGCCGUUAUCCUCACCAAGGCGGUCGGAGGCAACGAGGCGGCCGCCAUCUUCAACUCAGCGUUCGGGAGCUUCCUGGGAAUCGUCGUGACUCCGGUGCUGCUGCUGAUCUUUCUUGGCUCCUCAUCGUCCGUUCCCUUCUCCUCCAUUUUCUCUCAGCUCUUCAUGACGGUCGUGGUGCCGCUGAUCCUGGGUCAGGUGUGUCGAAGGUUCCUCAGGGAGUUUCUGGAGAGGAAGAAGCCUCCGUUCGGCGCUAUCAGCAGCGCCGUCCUCCUCAUGAUCAUCUACACCACGUUCUGUGACACGUUCAGUAACCCCAACAUCGAGCUGGACCCCACCAGUCUGCUACUGGUCGUCCUCAUCAUUUUCUCCAUCCAGCUCAGCUUCAUGCUGCUCACGUUCACCUUUUCUACUAGGGCGGGUUCAGGAUUCAGUCCUGCAGACACUGUCGCUAUCAUCUUCUGCUCCACACACAAGUCAUUAACCCUGGGUAUCCCCAUGCUGAAGAUCGUGUUCGAGGGCUACGAGCACCUCUCCCUGAUCUCGGUUCCCCUGCUGAUCUACCACCCGGCUCAGAUCCUGCUCGGCUCCGUCCUCGUGCCGACCAUCCGCAGCUGGAUGACCACGCAGCAGAAGUCUAGUCUGUUGUUGCGAUAGGGCCGCGUUCCAACACUGCUGUCCUGUGGUGAAGAUGCAGCCGCCGCUCCAGCCCAUCUGACGGAGAGGAAAUCAGUGUUUUUAUGGUGUUUGCACUGCGAUACAAAGUGGACUGUGGCGGAGUCAUGUGUGCCUUUAUAACAACCAAUCAACAGAGACCUCAGCGUGGCGAAGGAGACGAGUUGCCUUGAUUUUCUCAGUUUCUACGUGAAUGAAAGACUCUUGUAUUUCCAACUUUUAUAUUUAAAAGAAGCUAAAGUACAUGAUUUAUUUUUGUAUGGAAUAACCCAAAAGAUUCCUGUUUGGGUUUUUUUUUUAACAAAGAGGGUUUGUUAUGAAAAACUGGGACAUGACGGGUGGAGUUACUGGGACCAUUGAUUUUUUUGGUUUAGUUUUCUUGCUAUUUUCUACAUUUUUCUACAAAUGUGAAUGAAUCCCGCACUUAACUUAUCGAUAUAAUAAAACUAAUGCUGGAUGAUCCGACUUUAAAUGUACGGUGGAAUAUUGACAGCUUGUUUUGAUUGUUUAACACCUUCAGAAAUAAGCUUGUAUUUGUUGAGGAAGGAGCGGCCCUGUGGUGAAGGAAUAAUGUUGAAUGAAUGAUCAAUCCAAAUAACGAAGGUACGACAUGCACACUGUUGUCGUGAAUCUAAUUUAACAACCAAAAUACCAUCGUUCUUCCCGGAUCUAUACGCAUUCUUAGGUUUCCUCUUUUUUUUUUUUUUACAUUAUUCACAAAUGUACUUAAACUGUACGUAUAUUUGUUCUCUCCUACGUUAUUUGACGUACACGUCUGAUUUGGGCCAAGCAGGAUCUCAUUUUGAAAUCCAGUGGAACCACACAGUUGACUCUACAUAUGUGUUUAUGUAGAUGGAACCGUGCUCUCCUUCCGAACGAAGUGUUGCUGCUCACAUUCAUUUCAUUUUGUCUUGGUGGGUCUAUGAAUGAAUCUGUAGGUAGACGAUGCUCUGUUCUAAGUCUCAUAUGGUGAUGUAGACUUACUGAUAUAAUUUUUCCUUUUGUUUAUUCCGUCAACUGAAAACUUAAAAUCCAUUUUAAAGAGAUGAAUGUUAGAGAAGCAGGAAGAAUAUGAAAAGUAUGCGAAGUUUCAGAGGUGGGGAACACAGUCUUUAACGAGAACCACCCAUCCGGCAGGGUAACCACCAAUCAGAGCUGUGUGUCCUUGGUAACUUGGUGCUCAUGGGAAACAAGUCUGUUUCUGGACCUUAAUGUAACACAACUAUCACUGACACACACAAGUGGUGGUACAGCCUCGGUCUAGGCUGUUUCCAGCCUUGUUGGUAGAGAUGUUUUCGCAUCGCUAACAAAAUUCUCCAGAGUUUCUUCAUAAAACCGACUCUACAGCACAAUUGUCAUUGUACUGGACUUGAUUCGGAUGUGUCCAGUCACCGUUUACAGUUGUCAGUUUAAAGUGCAAUUCAUUUUCCAGCUGUUUAUUUUACGAUUUCUGAAGAUGGUUAGUUUGAUAUGUGUGGGUAAAUUAAUUAUAAGGAAAUAAAAACUUUAUAUUCUA